UGAAAAAGACUGGCCAAAAUGGAACGGUGGUUUUCUUUGUGCACAUAUUAUUUUUCCUCUUUUUCAGUGACUUAACUAAAUCGAAGUCUCGACGACGUGUCCGUCAUUAAGCACAUUACGGACUCAAACAUCAGUCUUCAAGUCUCGGCAUUCGUUGAAGUUUUGCUGCCUACUUUAGCUUAGCCUAGCUGGCCAACCGCUAACAAAGCUGCGAGGCACGUCGUCAGGCAUUCAGAAAACAAGUGAGGAAUAUGUUCGCGAGAACUACAACGGCUGCAGAAAAGUUCCAAGAGGAACUUUGUGGAGUGAAAGAGGAGCCUCCACGUCACCAAGAUUCGACUGUGUGCAAAAUAAUGCUCGCAAAGGUUGUUCUACGCAGACUCGAAGGUUUCAGAAAAUAUAUUGGUGCUCAGUGGCAGCAGUCAAAAUCUCCUGGCGUGAAAGAGGAUGUUGAGCUCCCCCAAAUCAAAGAGGAGGAGGAGCCAGAGUCCUGUCAACAGAAGCAACUGCCAAUCAAAAAGGAGGAGGAAGAGGAGGAGCAUAUCACCAGGUCAACUGGUGAGCCCUUGAAGAGUGAAGAUAGUCCGAGUGAGGCCAGCAGAGGGGCGGAGGCUCCAAACGGCAGUAGCAGCAACUCAACAGAAGGAUUGCAAGCAGACAUUUUCAUUGUUCCGUCAGACAGAAAAGGGGCCACGUCACACUCCCCUUCCAAUGAUGAUGGCCAUAAGACAUCACACGGUGACGACAAACUCUGCAAAUGCUCUCAGUGUGGGAAAACCUUUGCUAAUAAGUAUACUUGUCGGACGCAUAUGAGGAGCCACACUGGUGAAAAACCUUUUUCGUGCUCAGUGUGUGGUCAAGGAUUCGCUGAAAAAGGAACCUUAAAAAGACACAAAAGAACCCACACUGGCGAAAAACCUUUUUCCUGCUCAGUUUGUGAGCAAAGAUUCAGCCACAAGAGCACCUUAAAACAACACACAAAAAAACACACUGGAGAAAAACCUUUUUCCUGCUCAGUUUGUGGUAAACGAUUCAGUUGCAAAAGCACCUUAAAACGACACACAAGAACCCACACUGGCGAAAAACCUUUUUCCUGCUCAGUUUGUGGUCAAAGACUCAGUUGCAAGAGCACCUUGAAACAACACACAAGAACCCACACUGGCGAAAAACCUUUUUCCUGCUUAAUUUGUGGUCAAACAUUCAGUCAAAUGAGCACCUUAAAACGGCACACAAGAACCCACACCGGCGAAAACCCUUUUUCCUGCUCAGUUUGUGGUCAAAAAUUCGCUCAGAGGCAUCACUUAAAAUGCCACACAAGAACCCACACUGGCGAAAAAUCUUUUUCCUGCUCAGUUUGUGGUCAAAGAUUCGCUCGGAAGGAAGGGAUGAAGAGACACGUGUGUGUCGGUGUGAGAAGCAAAGGCCAAUGACUGUUUUGCCUGUCAUCCAUGCUGGCUUCAUCAGAUUUUGCACACAGGACAAUGGCAUACCGCAAGCAACACUUCACUUCCACUCUUUAAUAUUCAAGACAUUAGCUACUGUUGCUAAGUAGGCACAAGCCACCGUUUGACCCUAAUGAAUGAAUGGAAAUCAUGUACGAAGAAGAUGUUUACAGAGCUAAACCUACCAAUUCUCUCCGAAAAUGAUGUACCUGGUGCCAAAUUCACCUGCAAAGAUGUGGAAGAACAUAAAAUUGUUCAGUUAAAGAGAUAGCUUGAGUGUCGAAGGUUGAAAAAGACGAAAAAAAACGAGCCAACCGAAGCAUAGCUUUAACUUUUUUAUUGACGUGACUGACAAUGACAUUCUGCUGUUUCAACAAGCUAUCCUUUACCACCAGCCCUGUCUUUCUUACAUAUUAUAUCCUCUGGUUGUCCUACGUCUCUUCCCGUUCUUGGGGGUUAGGGUUAGUUAGCUUUGUGUAGCGAUCGCAAAUGCUACUGACCUGACUGUCUCAGGAAUUUAAAAUAUUGUGUAUUCUAAUUUCCUGAGACAGUCCUGUAUAUAUACACAGGACUGUCUCAAAAAAUUAGAAUAUUGUGUAUUCUAAUUUCCUGAGACAGUCCAGUAUAUAUAUGUGUAACAGAAACGGUAACAGUGGCAGUCAGAUACCAUUGUAAUUCUUUUCAGGUCAUUCAUUGUCAGACAGAAGCAGUACGGCACAACGUUACACUAAAAAAAUAAGUUAAAAAUAUAAAAAUGGCUUACCUCUUUGUCCUCUUAAAGACCAUGGCAACCCAACAAAAUGUUUACUGCAUAUGAAAUGUGAAUGGAUUCACCGAACUGGUGUUAAAGUCCGCGCAGGUUGAUUCGGUCUUCACAUUUUUUCCUCCCGAGGUCUUAGUUUCCAGAAACGUAUGAAGAAAACAUCCUUCAUGUGUCGUAAUGUCUAGAGUCGUUUCUACAAGUUCCAAAAAUGCAAUGCGUUCGUUUUUGAAAGAUUACCGGAGAAAAGUAGCACAAAUUACGUUGUUUCUAUGCGAGGGCGGGUCUAUAAUGUCCCACUUCGGCUUUACUUCGCCUUUACGAUGCGACGUCACGGUCUAAAAAUAGCAUGCGUGCGGUACGCCAUUGUAUUCCGUAGAAUCCUGUUGAGGAUUGGCACUUUUGGUGCCUCGCUUGAUGUGCAUCCACCCUAUUGCCUAAACCUCAGCUGAUUGAACUCUCCAUUCCAGUACACGAUUUAGCUGAAUGGGCGGAGCUGUGCAACACACCUGUGACGCAUAAGGAGCGCUCAUUAUUUAAAGACUCCUGUGUGUGCGCAAGUGUCAGACUUCUGUUUACUUUGUUUUUUGCCUUUUCUGGCUAUCGACGCCUUUCCAUUGGUUCUCUCGCUGACCCUGUUCAUGCCUCUUUUUGUUUGUACUUUUUUUCACAUGUUCUGGUGUGCUCCCUUGGUUUUUUGGUAAUGACGUAAUUUUCUGAAUAUAACGCUCACUUUUUCCCCCCAAAAUCAACUCGUAAAAUCAGGGUGCACAUUAUACACGGGUACAGGGAUGGAGACAGAAAUAUAUAUAUAUUAUAUAUAUAAAUAUAUAUAUAUAUACACACAGGGGCGCCGUAUAGGGGGGAAAAGUGGUACUGAUUCUAAGGGCCCAUGGCCUGAGGGGGCCCACAAAGAAAAUUAGAGCAUUAGGUAAUCGUUUGCAAAUUUAAAUAUUAAUCAUUAUAAUUUUAAAAGGUAUAAAACGAAGGGUUUCUUUUUCUUGUUUUGUUUUUGGCAAAAAGUAAACAUCCAGAGAGCAUAUGUAUUGCCAGCAACCCCCCCCCCCUCCCCCCCGCGUAUUUUCAUUAAUUGGUUUCGUCCGCCCUUCCUUUGAUCAGACCGCGCGCAGGCUGAGCAGCGGUGCACAUUUACACCAGUCAAUGACUCUGAGUACUGUGCGUGCGGUAGGCUACAUCAAAAAUGUUUUCAAAACAGAAAUCAGACUAUCAAAAGAGGAAAGAAAAUAAAGCAAAGCAGGAGAGUGGUAGAAAAGGCCAACAGGAUGUGAAAAAGUACUUCACAAAGGAAGGUUGGUGUAAAUUGUGUCAGUGUAGUGCUGAAAAUUAACCUGUUAUUUUAGCUCACGCGACGUCUAUUAGAAAACUCAGAAGCAGGUCCCAGCUCACUCCGUAAGAAAUACGGGAUUUUCCCGACCUCAGUGAGCGACAUUGACCAAUUCAAGAACAUGAAUUCCAAAUAAUGACGGCAUUUUUUGGUAUCAUACAGAUGUUGAAAGUUGGUGUGGAUUUUUUUUUUAAUCUGGUUAAAUCCAGUUUGUCAAGAAUUUAUUGAAUUUAGUUUGUCAUCAAUUAAAUUUAGUUAGUUAACAAGGAAGGGACCUGGCUUCGGAGCUGUAGCCUAUAGUGGAGAUUGUAAGUUUUCAAAUGGGGCUAAGCCUACUCCAUAAUGAAAUACUGUAAUUGUUUGCGAGCUAGUGUUUGCUCCACUUUUAGCUUACAUUUAAUUAGUACAGCAGGUUAACCCUUUCGCAAGCUCUCCACACCAAAACAGUUGUCUCUGCCCUCGCCUGUUGUAAUAGGCACAAGCACAACUCCUCUUGCUGCGUCUGGCUCAGCAGCCCUGUCUCCUGACACCCUUUAUGAGCCAGCCUCAUCUUUACUCCCAACUGAAGGAGGUGAGGAAUCAACUUGAACACUGCCACACCACACAUAAAAUAUCAGUGGCUAAGAGACAAAUAGUAAUAAGUAAUAAUAAUUAAUAAUAAUAAUUAUUAUUAUUAAUCAAUGAUACAUAAUUAAUAAUUAAAUUAAGAUACUAGAAUUAUAUAGAAGAUAUUGUUAUAUUUGUCAUUUUAUGUACACUACAGAGCCAGGACCAUCUUCAGUAAGACACCUGAACUCUGUGUAUACUGCUACAUUCCCCCCUAACUUGUCCUCUCUUGGUCUCCUGAAUUUAAUUUUUAAGAUGCAGCUGCAAAGCAUUUUUGGAGAAGUGUGCAUCGCUUUACGAAUAUUUUGCACACUCCCCGUAACGGUUGCAGGCGGCGAGAGAGCUUUUAGUAAGCUAAAACUCAUAAAAAAUUAUAUGAGGUCCACUAUGUGUCAGGACAGGCUUUCUAGUCUUGCCAUGUUGUCCAUUGAAUGUCAGUUGGCUAGGAAGCUAGACUUUAAUGAUUUGAUCACUGACUUUGCUAUCAAGAAGGCUCGCCGCUGGGCUCUUGGUGACUAAGGCUGAGCAACCUGCAAUCUGCUCGCUUUGUUUGUAAUUGUGAGUGUGAUUGCUUGUGUGUGUGUGUGUGUGUUUGUAUGUGUGGUGUUCGCUUUGUUUGUUAUAUCAUUCUAAAGAUUGUUUUUUUGAUUGGCGUUAAUGUAUGCUGUAGUAUUGUUAGAAUAAAAGUUUUGUUUUAACUUAAGUCAUUCAUUGUGGUAUUUGAGAAUAUUUCUAAUAAAAAUAUAU